AUAAAAUUGUUUUACAUUUAUGAAAUAAAAAAAAUAUUUUUUUUGAAUUCAACAAAAUUUUUUAUAUUAAUCUUUUUAAGAAUCUUUCUAGCACUAUCAUCAUCUAACUUUGUUUCAAUAUGAAUAAGAUUCGAAAUUAACUUUUAUUCUUUUUUGCCUCUGUUAAUUAAUAAAAAAGUUUAUGAAUCUGAGAAAUCAAUAAUGAUAUAUUUUUGGAUUCAAAGAAUUGCUUCAAAUUCUUUUAUUUUUUUUAUAUUAAUUAGAAAAAUUUUGAAAAAUGAUGAGUUGAUUAAUUAUUUAUUAAUAGUAAUAAUAUUUUUAAAAAUAGGUAUAUUUCCAUUUCAACUAUGAAUAUUGAGAAUAGCUGAAAAAUUAUCUUGAUUUAUAAUAGCAUUUAUUCUUACAAUUCAGAAAUUUUUACCAAUAAUUAUAAUUUCAAUACUAUUAUCAAAGAAUAAAAUAAUUAUUAUGAUAAUUUUAAAUUCAAUUGCAGCAUCAUUAAUAGGAUUGAAAUCCUUUUCAAUACGAAAAAUUAUAAUUUUUUCCUCCAUAAACCAUCUUACAAUUAUGUUAUUAUCAUUGUUAAUUUCAAAGAAAACAACAACUAUCUACAUUUUAAUUUAUACUUUUAUAAAUUUUAUUACAUCUAAACUAUUUUAUAAAUUAAACUAUAAUUUUAUUUAUAAUAUUUUUAUUAGAGAAAAGUCGAACUUAACUUCUUCACUGUCUAUAAUUAUAAUUAUCUUUAGGAUAAUAGGAUUACCUCCAUUUUUAGGAUUUGUACCAAAAACAAUAGUCUUCAUUUUUCUAAUUGAAAAGACCCAAUUUAUUUUAAUAACUACUUUUUUAGUUUCGAAUACAAUUAGAAGGUUUUUUUAUCUACGAAUAAUUUUUUCAAAUUUAAUUAUAUCUUAUAAUAAUCAAAAGAUGAAAAAAAGUAUUAAAAAUAAAACUAUUUAUUUAGUCCUUAUUUUACCAUUUAUAAGAAAUUUUUUAAUAAUUUAA